GUGUGCUGUCGCUGGCAGCCUGCUUCUCUGCGACUCCACCCCUCUCCUGCAGACGAAGGCAUGGCGAGCACCGAGGCUAGAAGGGAGUGUGAGACAGAGGGCUGCAGCAAGGACGCCAAACUCCAAUGCCCCACAUGUAUCAAGCUUGGUAUUCAAGGCUCAUAUUUCUGUUCCCAGGAAUGUUUCAAAGGAAGCUGGGUGUCUCACAAGCUGCUGCACAAAAAAGCAAAGGAGGACAAGAACCAGAAUGACUCAAAGAACUGUGUGGAGAAAGACAUCAACACAGAUCCAUGGCCAGGCUACCGCUUCACAGGAAAACUACGCCCUUACUACCCACUGACUCCAAUGAGGCCUGUACCGGGUGACAUCCAAAGACCUGACUACUCUGAUCAUCCCAGAGGAAUAUCUGAGUCUGAGCAGUUUCUGAAGGGUACAUCACAAAUCAAAACCCUCUCUCCGGAGGACAUUGAAGGAAUGAGAGUGGUGUCCAAGUUGGCACGAGAAGUCCUGGACAUCGCAUCAUUGAUGGUGAAACCUGGCGUCACGACGGAAGAGAUCGAUCACGCUGUGCAUUUGGCCUGUUCAGCAAGGAAGUGCUACCCCUCACCCCUCAACUACUACAACUUCCCCAAAUCCUGCUGCACGUCUGUCAAUGAAGUCAUCUGCCAUGGCAUCCCAGACAGAAGAGAACUACAAGAAGGGGAUAUCCUUAACGUGGACAUCACUGUGUACCACAACGGUUUCCAUGGUGACCUCAAUGAAACCUUCUAUGUUGGUGACGUUGAUGAAGAAGCAAAGAAACUGGUUCAGACCACAUAUGAAUGCCUUAUGCAAGCCAUCGACUCUGUCAAGCCUGGAAUUCGAUACAGAGAGUUGGGAAACAUCAUCCAAAAGCAUGCUCAAGCUAACGGCUUCUCUGUGGUGAGGAGCUACUGCGGCCACGGCAUCCACAAACUUUUCCACACUGCUCCCAAUGUGCCACAUUAUGCCAAAAACAAAGCAGUUGGAGUUAUGAAGCCUGGCCAUGUAUUCACCAUUGAGCCCAUGAUAUGUGAAGGUGGCUGGCAAGACGAGACGUGGCCCGACGGCUGGACAGCGGUGACCAGAGACGGGAAGCGCUCGGCUCAGUUCGAACACACCCUGCUGGUGACGGAGACCGGUUGCGAGAUCCUCACCCGCCGUCUGGAGGACAACGGCCGCGCUCACUUUCUCAGCCAAAUGUAGGCUGGAGCUGCACCAAUGACUGGACUUUCCAGACAUACACAACCCAGCACCUCUGGGUCACACACACACAAGUACACAAACACAAAGACACACACACACACACACACACACACACACACACACACACACACACACACACACACACACACACACACACACACACACAUCUCAAACAAGAGGCACCACUCCCAGAGCUCAGUUGAACAGUGGCUCUUAUUGUUUUUGAAUUAAAUAUCGGUUCCUCAAUAAUGGAAGUACUUGAACGUGUCUGAAACAAAACAUUGGUCACUUUUUUAGUGAUGGCUGUAUCCUCUAUCGGAAAAAUGAAAGUAUUUAUUAGGUUUUGGUUUUGCUUUGUGGUUGAGCUUGAAAUUAGGUCUGUUAUGACCUCUGGGUGAUGUCAUCCAGAGUUUUUACCAGCUGGCUAGUUGUUGUCUGUGGUGUGUGGAGCUCAGGGCAAAUCCAACUAGUAGAAUCCCAUGCUUUGCUUCUUUUCUCUCUGCUUCUGCUAACCUCAUCAGGCUACAUCUAAAUAUCCCAGUGAGGGAAUGAAAAGAGUUAGCAAUACUGGAGACCAAGGGGGCGUUCCAAGAAACUGGGUCAGCUAGUCUUAGAACCGUGACAACCAGCAACUCAAACGUUAUUUAAGAUGAGGAGUCGAACAGAAAAGUAGACAUUGAAUGGAGUAGUUUGACAUUUUUGGAAUAAACUUAGAUGAAAGGUUAAUGAAAAGAUCAAUAACACUCCCAUAUCUCUCCCAUUAAUUUGUAGCUUCAUUUAUUAGACAGCUUAGCUUAGCCCAAAGUUAAAGGAAUCCUUGUAGCAGGAGCCAAAAUGUUACUUAUAAUGUAUCAAAAAAAUAUCAUAACCUGUUCCUUCAAUGGGUUAGUGUGCAUGCCAAGAGAUUUGGGAUAUUUUACACAUUUUGAAAACGGUUAAAAAAACAAUAACAUGGAUAAAUGCUAAAUUAAAGCUGCAGUAAGAGAUUUCGGACGGUGCUGCUAGUUUGCUUCUGUUACUUUAGGACAGAGCCAGUUUAGCUGUUUUCUUCUCGUCUUUGCUCUUACCUUAGCUAAGCUAGCUAAGAUCUCCACCUCCCUGCUGUAGCUUCAUAUUUAAAGAUCCAGUAGUUAAGAUCUGAUGAUUCAUGAGAUGUAGAAGCUGAAAUGGUAUUUAUAUUCACAAGAAUGUUAUUAGUGUAUCGAAUUAAAUCUUAAAACAGAUCACUGAGUUUACACGAGCUCACUUUAUCUCCACAGUCUGCUUUAUUGCAUGUCAUGUGGUCCUUAACAUCUUACUAGAUUUGCAACCACGAUAGGUUCCCCUCCAGGCUUAGGAGGGGAGAGUAGGGAAUGGUUAUCAGCAGGUUGCAAACUAGAGCCUCACCACUAGAUGCCUCUAAAUCCUGCACUGCUCCUCCAAAGGACAGAUAUGGGAGUUUUAUCAACCUUUUUACUUAAGUCUCGACUUGAGAGCAAAAUUAAUGAUAUUCCUCAAAGUGUUGAACUAAUAUCUACACUGGUUCUUAAAGAAGAAAAAGAUCAUUGAUGAGUUCACAUGUAACUUCAUGUACGCCUGUUGGCUAAGCUCAAGUAGUAUCAUGUCAAGUAUUGCUGUCUCGUCGUUCAUCUGUUGACGUGUGCAGCAGGAGCGCUCAUACUUAAUUGUAAUAUCCUGAAUGUGGCUAUUAAUAGUACAGUUACAUGGUAGUGGAUGUCAGACACGGUUGCUGGGAAACAGACACAACCACGAUGUCUACAUAGGUAUCCAGAGUGAGAAUAACAAUAUUGAACACAAAGUUGUGCAAGUGCUGAGCUUGGUAAUCCUACUAUGAGGAAACUUUUGAAGUGUCUUCUGUUUCCGAUAGCUCUGGUGUAGCAAAUCGAGCCUUAAUGUGUGAAUCUAGAAAAUACAAACUUGCCAGGUAAUUAAAGGCAUGUGAAGUGAUGUUUACCCUUAACUCAACACUCACCAUUACCAUUGAUGUCCGGAUUUUACUGGUGCGAGAAUCAUUCAUUUCGACAUUUUCUGAGAACUUAUUUGAUUGCAGUUUCUCUGCCAUCUUUGUAUUUCUUCUAAUGGAGUAAUAAAUGACUCUUCUGUAGCCCUGUGUGAGUGACUUUGUCCUUUCAAUCUGUUUCCCAAAAGAGAUCAGUUCACAAGCCUUUUGUCCAGAGAACUUUGAAAUCUUUGGGCCUUGAAGCCUUUAAGAUUUCAACAUCACUGUUUUUAUUUUCAAGCCGUAGCUAUGUGAUAACUGCAGUAAACAUUCACCCUGAUAAAGUUAAAUGUCAUUCUUUUGCUUUUAAAAAUAAUUCUGUGAACAUGACUUCAUUCAGAACUAUGUUUUCAGAACCCUUCAUAACACCAGUUAACUGUGGUAUAAUGAGAGUUUGUAGUAGAAUGGCUGCAAGUUAUAGCGUUCAAAACUAUGUAAUGAAAAGAGAUGAACUGACUUGUUAAAUGCAUAUUUUGACAGCAUGUGUGUGUAAAGUGAACAUGCAGAACAAAUUGAAGUCCUCAGUACAGACACUUCAGUCGCACACAUUUUAAAGAACACUUUUGAACAAUCAAAUUUGAUUGGAUAACCAACACGUGUCUGCAAGCAUUACUCCUAAUUUUAACAUUGCCCCAUUAAACAGCUCUACAACAAUUACUAUUACAACACUAGUUAAAUUCAUUUUAUGUGUGUUUUGGAGGGAAACAACAACAGAGGCAUCUUUCCUUUCAACUGCUGUCAAAAUAUAAUUUUCAGUGUUUGUUACAGUGCUUAAAAAUACGUUUGAUGUUGAAUGUUUUUGGGAUUACAAUGCAGCCUUUACCUUACACUUAUUUGUAUGACUCAAGAAAUAAAUUGCCAAUUUGUGAAUGA